CUUUAUUAUCUAUUUUGGCACCACAACGCGUCAAUCAAUUUACUGAUGUUCUUUGUAUGAAGCCGAUGCUCUAGUGGAACAACUGAUAUCUCGUACGGAACUAUUUGGUCAAAUGGAUCCUAGUCCUUGUUUACAAAAUGCUGGUAUGAAUGUGAUCUUGACAACCUGCUUCGCCACUCGUAUCAACUCUGCAGAUGAUCAGCUAUUCAAGGAUAUUAUGGCAUAUGUGCAUGCAAGCAUGAAAAUGGCUGGACCUGAAGGUGAUCUCUGUCAAUUUUUCCCUAUUAUGUCAGUAUUGGAUAUACUUGUGGGGAAGAAACGGAAGUACAGUAAUUUUAUUGCUAAGGUCCGUGAUCCUCUUUUCACCCGAUUGAUUGAUGAAGCUGCUUCAAGUGACAAGGACUCGAUGAUCAAAUCUUUUCUGGCUCUCAAGGAAGAAUAUGGUUUGGAUGACAAGGAUAUCAUUGUAACUAUGUCUGACCUUCUUGGUGCUGGAGCUGAUACUGCUGCUGCCACGUUGUCAUGGAUGAUCGUCAUUUUAUCCCAUCAUCAUGAUGUUCAAGAGAAAAUACAAGCAGAACUCGAUGCCUUUAUCCGAAAACAUAAUCGUCUCUCUACUUUUGAAGAGCGAGAUCAAAUCCCUUACACCAUUGCUGUACAAAAGGAAUGCAUCCGUUACAAGUCCAUCGGCUUCUUUGGCUUUCCUCAUAUGGCAAGUAGAGAUGUGGCGGUUCGUGAUUAUUUUAUUCCCAAAGGUACUAUAUUGUUAGGCAAUGUCAAUGGCAUGCAUAUGAAUCCUAAGGUUUACUCCGAUCCAGAAACAUUCAAACCUGAACGCUUUUUGAAUAACACUCGAACAAUGUCAUCUUCGGCAAAUGGCAAUAUCAAUCAACGUGAUCAUUUCGUAUUUGGAUGGGGAAGACGUCUUUGUCCUGGAAUUCAUUUGGCAGAAGUAGAAAUGUUUCAUAUCUUUGUUCGAAUUCUCGCAAACUCAACUAUCGCAGCUCCUUUGAAUGAUGAUGGCAAGGAAGUAGCUGUUGAUAUGGAUAUAACGGUGAAUAUCGGCCCUCUGAUUUUGCCUCAACCUUAUCAAGUUCGAUUUAUCCCCCGCACUGAUUCCCCUUUAAAAUAGAUAGUUUAUCAUUCAAAUUCAAAUGAAAUAAAGA